AUGAUCCUCGGUCCCAUAAGUCUCAUUGAUUGCGGAGUCUUUCUCAUCUUUCUCGCACCUCAACUAAUAUGGAACGCUGGAUUUUUUUUUACCUUGUUCACGGCUAUCAAGGCUCUUCCAUUUCUCCUGAUCCAACUUCCUUUUGAUUUCAUCACAGAUCGAUAUCUGACUCACCCCAGUCGGCAACUACCAUUCACACAGACAGCUUCAGUAUUUGAGGAUUUUGUGAUACGCUGUGUGCGAUAUGCCUUCGCCAACAUCCCCGCCAAAGUUGGGAGAGUUUUCUUUAGCAAGCAUGUCGCUCUGCCAUUUAUUCGAUGGCGCAUGCUUCGGCAUGGCUAUAUCAGGUCCCCUGUUCACCACCAGGAAUACACCAUUGGAACAGGCGAUGUCCAAGCGAAAGGUACUUGGAUCAUGCAUCAGCCAGAGCAUCCUCCGGAUUUUGUCCUAUAUUAUGCACACGGCGGUGGGUUCUUGAUGGGCUCAACCUAUUUUUACCUUGAGUUCCUCAUGGCCUGGCAUCACCUCCUUGUCGACGCCGGAUUCAAGAAUCCUGCUAUAUUCGCGCUCGAGUACACCCUGGUGCCCGAUCAAGUCUAUCCAAGGCAGGUCUUGGAGGCGCUAGAAGGCUACAGGCACGUUCUUGAGGUUGUCGAAGAUGCCUCCAAGGUCUGCGUUUCAGGCGACUCGGCGGGUGGCUCGCUGAUUCUUAGUAUGCUUCUUGAGUUGGGCGCUCAAGCUGGUAACCAAGAGAGGAAGGGUGUCAAGAUCAACAUUCAGGGUGGCCUUGCAGUUUCAGAUCCGCCACAUCUGCCUCUGCCCCGAAUGGCUACACUUAUUUCGCCAUGGAUAACACUCAUGUCCAACUUACACUACAGCUCCAAGAGUGACUUCUUGGACAAGCGUACCUUGUGGAAGUAUGCACAGGAGUAUGCGGGUGAGGACAUGAUCCAUCAACAACCAGCUUCCCCUGGGAAUUGUGUCGAUGAAAAACUUUGGAGGGCGGCCAGUCCAGAAAGGGGAUACUUCAUCAUCUUUGGUGAAGAAGAAGUUUUCGCUCCAGACGUGGAAGAUUUUCUCAAGCGACAGGCUAAGAUUGGCAUUCAAGCCGAAGGACAGAAGUUUGACGGAGGAAUCCAUGCAUGGCCAGUCGCGUCACUAUUCCUGUCCAGUACAGAGGACAAGCGCUUGCAGGGACUUCGAACUGCUGUCAAGGAGAUUAGAAGACGAAUGCUUGAAUGGGGUACGUUGAACGUAGAUAAGGUAUAA